AUGGACGCCCUGAGCGCCCUGGGUGCCCUGGACACGAGCGGUGCGCUGGGGCUCUCGCAGGUCCAGGCCCUCAUCCCCGUCAUCCGCGCGGAUCUCGAGAAGUACGCCGAUCUGAUGGAGACCGAGUACAUGGACCUCGUGGCCAGCAUCCACCAGCAGGACCAGAGCGCCGAGUACCGGUUCCUCGUGCAGUUGAGCGACUUGCCGGUGUUGGUCCACGACGAGAUGCUGGCCUUGCGGCGCUUCGUGGCGCUCCGCUACCAAGUCGUGUUUCCCGAGUUGGAGCUGCUCGUGGCCAGCCCGGUGGACUACUGCCGCGUCGUGCUUGAAAUCGGGCAGGACUUGGCCGGCGUGCGGGCGCACGAGCCGCGGCUCAGGCAGAUCGUGGCCGCGGACAAGGUGCUCACCAUCGUCAUGGCCGCGCUCCAGCAGUUCCCGCAGGCGUUCCAGCUCAGCCCGGGCGACUUUGCACCCAUUGCGGCCGCGUGCCACGCGUGCCUCGAGCUCAGCGGUUUUCUCCAGGAAAUCUCGCAGUUCGUGGCGGGCAAGCUCGGCAAGUACGCGCCCAACGUGGCGCAGGUCGUGGGGCCGGUGGCCACGGCGCAGCUCCUCGUCAGCACGGGGUCGCUUGCGCAAUUGGCGCAGACGCCCGCCUGCAACCUCGCGGCGUUGGGCGUGCGCGAGUUGCUGUCGCAGCACAAGGCCCGGCUGGCGCCGUGGGUGCGGGCCCCGGGCUACCUCUACCAGAGCCCUUUGGUGGCGGGCCUCCCGCCCGAGAUCGUGAGACAGGCGCUCCGCGUCAUCUCCGCCAAAGUGGUGUUGGCGGCCCGCAUCGACCUCUCGCGCAGCUCGCCGGACGGCGGCAUGGGCCGGGCGUACCGAGACGAGAUCCGGCGGAAAAUCGACCAGCUCCUCGCGCCGCCCGAGCUCACGGCCGCCAGGGCGCUCCCCGUGCCCAAGGAGCAGAAGCUGAAGAAGCGGGGCGGGCGGCGGUUCCGCAAGAUGAAGGAGCGGUUCCAGAUGUCGGACCUCCGCAAGGCGCAGAACAAAAUGCUGUUUGGCACGCAGGAGCAGACCGUGAUGGACGGCUUUGGCGACGAGGUGGGCUUGGGCAUGAGCAGGCAGAUGGACGGCGUGCUGGUCAACCGGAACACGGAUGCGCGGAUGUCCAAGGCCAUGGUCGCCCGCUUGCAGCAGCAGAAGCAACGCGAGACCUUGGACACCAUAGUGUUGGCGCCGGUGGCCGAGAAACGGGCCCGCGCGCCGGAUGUGCCGGGCAAGUGGGGGACGAUGAAGCGGCAGAGGUUGGACGGGGAGGACCGGGGCUGA